AUGAGCAAGUGCAAGAGCUCGGCGGCCGUGCCUCUUGCGGCACCCGUUACAGCCGCGUCUGUCGCGCCCGCCACCAGCGGAUCGGACCAGCGCUAUAGGCCGAAGGGCCGGCCGCAGGGCGAGGAGAUCGAGUACUCGGACAGCGACGAGGAGCACCCGGACGACACGAUCCAGGUCUCCGUCUCGCUCGCGCACCAGAAGCUCGCGGCGCUCGCGGACCCGAAUCGCCGCCGCUCUUCGCAACAGCAGACACAGAGGCAGCCACCCGCUGCUGGCGGCCCCGGCCCCAGUCUGCUCUCACAGCAACUUCCUCAAGCUCAGCGCCCACGACCCCCACACACGCAAUCGCAGCCACAGGCGCCGACCCCGCACGCACGCCCACAACUCUCGACAGUCGCAUCGGCGCCCAUCCCGCUUCACCAUCCUUACAACCUCCCCUUGCCGGAGCCGCCAACGACCCCGCGGACGACGCGGCGGCAAAUGCUCUCGACGGAGCUGUCAGAGUCACUCCGUCGGCAGGUGCUCUGGGAGCGCCAGGUCGGGCGAGGGAACGCCGGCGCCCAGAGGCGGUCGUUCGGCGGCGGCGUGCGUCCGCUGACGACCGUCGAGGGGUUCCGGGGCCAGCAGCAGGGCCAGCCGUCCGGGCAGCAACAGCAGCAGGGGCAGGGGGCGGCGGAAGAUCCGGAGGAGCGGAGGAAGAGGGCAUUGGCCCGGAACCGGAGUUGGGCGGACGAGUACCAUUACUCGGGCUGGUGA